AUGCCGUCCUGUCUCUCGUCGUUGAGAUCUGUGCUGGUGCCUCAGCGCGACCGGAACUCUCAUGUCUCGCAAGAAGGCCCCAGUCAGCGGCCAUCCACACAGGGGGUCGCGCCCUCUCCUCAGGAGGAAAAGUGUGGUCUGAGCAUAGAGUCUCAUUCGCACUCGCACACGGGCUGCUGCGACUUCACACCGCUACCCGUAUACUCCGCUCAUGACGGAACGAUCUCGGCUCACGUACAGCAGACCGACUUGCCGGAGCCUUCCGAUGAGGCCAAAGAGGUGUUUGAGGACCUGCAAGCAAAGAUCAAUGCUCUUGACAAGGAGCUUCGAGAUCUGAGCCUCAAGAUGUGGGACUUGAAGGAGGUUGCGUGGGAAGAGAGGUGAGCAGCAGCUAGCCACGCUUCUGCUUUAGCCGCGGAGCAGACGUGGGCGAUUCGAGGUGCAAUGUAUGCGCAUGUGGGGUGUAUACGCAGGGCGUAGCAGUAGCUCAGAGCCUCACUGAGAUGCUGCACAUCAAUGCUGACUUCAAAGCGAUCCAUCUUCACUUUAAUAAGGAAAACGCACGAUCUCUUUAUCGACUACUUUACCGACCUCAACAAGCGUGCCCCGAAAGGCUCACCUCAGUGGAAAUUGACCCCGCACGCUCAUGGAUUUGAGACGGCCUGGAGGGCAGAAUUUGUGAACGCGCCAAAUGGGGAGGCCAGCAAAGAUAUCCCUUGCGUUGGUUUCAACUCGUGCGUAGCCGGUACAUUGACCCACUGGUAAUAAUUCCGAGGUGGUCUGACCAUCUGUGCCAAUCUCCAUCUAGCGAGCUGGACGCUUUGCCAGGCAUCGGCCACGCAUGCGGACACAAUCUGAUCGCAAUCGCGGGCAUUGCUGCUUCAUUGUCCGUCGCUUCGCAUCUGGUCGAAAAGCGCAUUGCGGGUAAAGUCACCCUACUAGGAACACCUGCGGAGGAGCGCGAUGGAGGAAAGAUCGACCUGCUUGCCAAGGGCGCUUAUGACGGCAUGGACGCGUGCUUGUGGGUGCCGCCGCGCUAUCUUAUUCGAUACGCAAGCUGUAGCUCACAAGUGAGAUGCUGACCUUUCCAAUCGAAUUCAGGAUGGUGCACCCCACACCAGCAAACACCGUCGGCUCUUUCCUGGCCGUCGUGCCAGUGAGGGUGAGUCGUCGCCUUAUCGCGGUAGGCAAACAGGACCGCGGCAGCCAACAGAUAGGCUCAUCGAGGCUAAUGGACAUGAGUGCUUUCGGAUGAGCGCUGACUUGCAUGCUUGACUCAUCGGACAGGUCGACUUUUCCGGCAAGACGGCUCACGCCGGCAUGGCUCCGUGGGAAGGUGUCAAUGCUCUCGACGCUGCUGUGCUCGCUGUGAGUUCUGUCACACCGGACCGUGCAGCGCGGCAUGCGCGUCAUUUUGAGCCUCCUCACCGCCCUCUGUCGCCCAAAGUACAACAACAUCAGCUUGUUGCGUCAACAGAUCCGACCUGAUUGCCGAGUGCACGGCAUCAUCAGUGGAAAUGAUUGGGCACCGUAAGUAGAGAGGUUCGGUCUUCGAGCACAAGCCUGUAAGUGCUGCUCUCGGAGCGCGUGAGUACUCAUCGACCCGUCUGGUUCUGUACACAGCAACGUGAUCCCAUCAUCUUCUCGCCUGACGUACAACGUUCGAGCUCCCGACGUUGCCACCCUCACGCCCCUACGUGAGAGGGUGCACAAGUGCUUUGAAGCCGCUUCUCUGGCCACAGGUUGCAAGGUCGACAUUACGUGGGGCAAGACUUAUGAAGAUACUAGGAACAGCGCUCCUUUGAGCUUGGCUUACAGAGCUCUUAUGAAAUCGGUCUACAAUGCGGAUUAUAGCACUGCCAGCGUAUCUGGAAGCACUGGUGAGUAGAUGCGUCCAGGACAUCGCGUGCAAGUCUAAGAGCGCGCUAAACGCCAGUAUCCUGUUGUCCCUCGUGUUGUUGAUAGAUUUUGGCAAUGUCACGCAUGCGCUGCCAGGCUGUCAUCCUACGUACGCCAUCAAGUUGGAGAACCCCGCAGGGGAUGGCAAUCACACCAUCGGAUUUGCGAACGUGAGUCUGGUCGGCCUGGCGAAUUGAAACCAGGAGCGUCUGGGCACUGCGAGCGCUGUACGGUAUGCGCCCGACGUGUGCGCUGAAGUUCUGCGCCUUACUGAAUUUUCCAGGCCGCCAAGACGCUCGAAGCGCACGAGCGUACCAAAGAAGCGGCUGCGGGCAUUGCUACGGUCGGCACACAGGCUUUGAUCGACGCCCAAUUCAGAAAGCAAGUCAAGGACGAGUUCGAGGCAUGGAAGAAGGAUCAGAAGAAAUGA